AUGGAGUUAUCUGAGGGUAGCAAGCUACGGCAUCCGGAGAAGGUCGAGACUUCGAAGGCAUCACCGAACACUGCCGACGACCAUGAAUAUCCGUCAGGUCUUAGGUUCGCACUGCUGAUGGUCUCCCUUUACAUUUCCAUGUUUCUAGUUGCCUUAGACAAACUUAUCAUCUCAACUGCCACUCCCGAAAUAACCAACGAAUUCCACGCAGAAGAUGAUGUAGGCUGGUACGGCACAGCCUACCUGCUAACAAACUGUGCCUUUUUACUGGUCUUUGGAAAAUUAUACACCUUUUUGAACGUUAAAACUGUCUUCCUCUGCACGCUGGUUUUGUUCGAGGUAGGCUCUGCGAUUUGUGGAGCAGCGCCCAACUCAGUCGCUUUCAUCAUUGGCAGGGCUAUUGCUGGCUUGGGAGCCGCAGGUGUCCAGGAAGGCAUUCUCGUCCUCGUUAUCUACGCGGUUCCGCUUCCAAAACGACCUCAGUAUCAAGGAUUAUUUGGUGCCGUGUACGGUAUAUCUUCCAUUAUCGGCCCUUUGAUCGGUGGUGCCUUCACAUCAAAUGUUACUUGGAGGUGGUGCUUUUAUAUUAAUCUUCCUCUUGGGGGCGUGGUUCUAUUGUUUAUCUUUUUCCUGCUCCAAGUGCCAACUGCUGCUGUUUCCAAAGGACCCUCUACCUGGAAGCAGAAUUUGCAGCAGCUCAAUAUCGAAGGCGUUAUCGCACUGCUUCCCGGGUGGAGCAAUGGACGUAUCAUCGCCUUACUUACCGUCGGUCUCGCACUAUUGAUUGCUUUCAUCCUAAUCCAAAUAUGGAGGCCAAAGACAGCCACUGUGCCAGUGCACAUCUUCACGCAGCGAAGCAUCCUUUCUGGUUUCUGGGUGAGCUGUUGUGUUGGUGUACACAUGACAAUGUUUGUGUAUUACCUUCCCAUCUGGUUUCAGGCCGUUAAAGGCAAUUCAGCUGUUGAAAGUGGCAUCCACCUCCUGCCUUUGGUAAUUGCCAUGGUUGUUUCAUCUAUUAUUGCCGGCGUUGGAACGACUAAAACCGGAUAUUACACACCGUUUUUGAUUGCCGGCACUUGCAUUGUAGCUAUUGGCUCUGGUUUGCUCACCAUGCUUGAGGUCAACACGAGCACAGGAAAAUGGAUCGGUUACCAGAUAAUGUAUGGCUUUGGUUUGGGUGGAUGCUUCCAGGCGCCCAAUAUGGCUGCACAGACCGUCCUUCCACGCCAUGAAGUAGCUAUUGGUGCUUCACUCAUGCUUUUUGGUCAGACACUUUUCAGUGCCAUCUUCGUCUCAGUCGGCCAAAAUGUCCUCGACCAACACCUGUCCAGCCGCCUCGCCAAGAUUGCAGGUAUUCACAUCACUCCUAACCAAAUCAAUACAGCUGGUAUCACUGGGAUUUUCGAGCUCAUUCCAACUCAGUAUCACGGUGCGGUUCUACAGGCUUACAACGCCUCGCUGCAUGUAUGUUACAUAGUCGCUCUUACUUUUGCUUGUCUCUCCGUCAUUGGCAGUAUUUGCAUGGAAUGGCGCAAUGUCAAGAACGAAGGCAGGAGGCAAAUAGAGGGGCAAACGAAUCCAACCGACGAAGAAGUUCUGUAG